AUGAAUAAGACAGUGUGUGAAAAGUUUAUGAGUAUAUUGGAGUUUUUUCCCGAUACAUUGACCAAUGAUGGAAAGUAUCAAUUUAAAACAGAAAAUUUUUUAAAUAAUUAUUGUAGUAGUAACGACUGUAAUACUGAUCUCGAAAAAAUUAAUGGUGGAUGUUUAUAUCUUUUUAAUCAUUUCUUUGGGAGUUCUGAAUUGUUUAAGACUGUUGCAAAUAGUAACAUCAAUAUUGUUGAUUACAUUUUGACAUGGUUAAGUUAUAUGUUAAACCUAAAGCAACAAGUAGGAGAUGAGACCAAUCCACAAUAUUUUUAUAGAAUGUAUAUAUUGAAUCAUGAAAAGUAUAAAAAUUCUAUAAUAGGUGUUGAUGGGUAUACUAGUUAUAAGGAUCUUAUAGAUCAAAAAAAAUAUUUGGUGGAUAUGGAUAAAAAAAUUAUAUCUAAUUUUUAUGAAGCAUUUAAAUUAUUAUGUGAAAUGCAUGCUGAAUUUGAUGAUAACUCACAAUAUUGCGUAAACUGUUCGGAAAAUGCCAAAAAGUUUGCUAAAAAAUAUGAAGAAAUGAAUGAAAAUUCUGUUAUUACUAGUAAUAAUUCCUAUAAACAACUAUUGUAUACUUUAUCAAAAGAUUAUGAUAAUUUUAUAAAUAAAUAUAAUAAUAGUCAAUAUUUCAAAUCUUCACCUCUCCCAACGAUAGAAGAAAUACAAACUUCUGCACAACAAAUUCUACAAAGUUCUGAAGAUACAUCAUCAAGUUCAUCGGUAGCAAACAAAUUAUUUACAGUUUUAUCGAUAUUUGGUGCAAUAGCAUUUCUUUUAGGAAUUUCUUACAAGUAUUCGUUAUUUGGGUUUCGGAAACGAUUUAAAAAACAACAAAUAAGAGAAAAAAUAAAAAAUAUAAAGAAGAAAAUGAAUCAAUAA